AUGGACAGCCCAGCCGCGCUGCUGCCCGCCGAGGCCGGGCGACCUCCUGACGACUCGGGGCCCGCUGCUGAGGCCGAGGCGCCUGACGCAGCGGCUGCCGAGCUGAGCCAGCUGGAGCGGUGCGGAGUUUGCCGUGAGGCCCUGAGGGAGCGGCAGCCCCGUCUAUUGCCCUGCCUGCACUCGCUGUGUAAGGGCUGCAUCGGAGCCAAUUCUUACUCCCCGGGGGAAGGGCUCAUUUGCUGUCCAGUAUGCAGGCAGCAAUGUUACAUAAAGGACAUCAUUGAGAAUUACUUUUUGAGGGACACUGGCGAAUUGGACAGCAGCUCGAACAGGAAAGUUAGUCAGGUAUGUACCAGCUGUGAAGAUAAUGCUGUGUCCUCUAGCUUUUGUGUCGAGUGUGCUGAAUGGCUCUGCGAUGCCUGUGUUGAGGCUCACCAGAGAGUGAAAUUCACAAAGGACCACACUAUGAGCAAGAAGAAUCCAGGGCUCACAGUUGAUGGCAGGUCAAACUGCGAGCGACCGAUCUUCUGCUCCAUUCACAGACAGGAGACCCUGAAGCUGUUCUGUGAGACAUGUGACACUCUAACCUGUCGGGACUGUCAGCUGCUCACACACAAAGAUCACAGGUACCAGUUUCUCGAGGAAGCCAUUAAGAAUCAGAAACUGACGUUGGAAAACCUAGUGAAGAGGUUGACAGAGAAGAAAACUCAGCUGCAAGUUACCACCAAGCAGGUUCGCACAAGGUUGAGAGAUGUCCAGGACAUGCAAAAGAAGGUCCAGGUUGAGAUCAAGAUGGCCAUCCUUCAAAUAAUGCGAGAGCUUAACAAACGGGGCAAGACGCUUAUCCAGAGAUUGGAGAAGUUGACAGAAGAAAGGCAGCUACAGCUGGGUCAGCAACACUUGUCCAUGUCCAAACUGUACUGGCAAAUGGAUCACGUCUUAAAGUUUGCUUCCUGGGCUAUCAGCACCGAUAACAGCACAGCCCUGUUGCUGUGCAAGAAACUGAUCUUCUUUCAGUUGCAAAGAGGGUUACAAUCCAAAGUGAACACAGAGGAGUUGAAAAAUGACAUCAUUACAUUUCUCUGGGACUCUGCGUUCUGGACUAAGAAUGCAGCCAACUUUGGUAAUGUUGUGAUUGAAAUUCCUCCAACACUAUCGGCACAUCUUCCAGUUCAGCAUCCUUCAACAUCUGGCCACUGCCCUCAGCCUGUCUCCCAGCAUCCCACCGUCUCCCAGCAUCCCACCGUCUCCCAGCAUCCCGCCGUCUCCCAGCACUCACUCGCCUCCCAGCAUCCCACCGUCUCCCAGCACUCACCCGUCUCCCAGCACCCCACCGUAUCCCAGCAUCCCACCGUCUCCCAGCAUAAUCGAAUGACUAUGACCCAAGGCACCACUUGGCGAAAUCACAUGCCUAUGCAGCCCUCCCAUCGACCACCACCACCCAGUUACCAUCAACUCCAACCUCCUCGCCAGUCUCCUGCGCAACAUAGCACGCAGCAGGUUCUCAUACGGCAGUCUCAUUCAGCUCCAUCCUGGCCCCCAGUAAGUGGACAGACACGGAUGCAGCAAGCUGUGCAGCUGGUAAGGCCAACAGCCGCAGUGCCAAACCCAAAUGGGAGAUACCUGCAGCAGAUGCAAGUACAGUUGGUGCGACAAGGGAACAUUGUGCAAAUGCAACAGCAGCAGCAACAGCUCAUGGCUCAAAUGCUAUUACUGCCACAGAUGAAUGGAGUACAAGUCCACCAGCCUCAAGGACAUACUCAGGGAGCUGCCAAGCCACUGAACAGUGGGCAGCAAUCUGCCACUCUGUACCCACAAUUACCUGUCCAGCAACCUACUGCCAUCAGCAGACUACCUUCACCUAUGCAGCGGCAGCCACUGCCCUUUGGAGCCAGCAUGCCUGGUAGCAGACAGUCCCCACCGGUGCAGCAAGUGUCUACAUCCAUCGCACAACUGAACGUACCGGUCAGCCGUCCUUCUCCUCCAGUGCAGCAAGCUCUCAAAUCAAACACUACUUUUAAUCGUCGAUUUCUCUCAAAUGCUGCACCCCAGCAAGUUCACCCCAGCAGUCCUGUCAGUCAAAGUACUCAGGUUGGUGUGAAUUGCCGUCAGUCUCCAACAUCAAACCCUCACUUUGGCAGCAGCCCGGUUUACCAACUCAAGAUGUUGGUGGAGCAGGCAACCUCGUAUCCCUGUGUCAUUCUGCCCCACAGAGACGGUCCAGCCAAUGCGCACGAUCUUAUGCAGAAGCAGUAUUCCUAUCCAGGCCCCUCUCUGGUGCCGCAACAGGUUGAUAGAGCUGAUAGCUUAAUGUACUCUCUGAUUCCGACCUCCGAUGGAGCCAUGUCCUGGCCUGAGUCAGGUGCAGAAGAAUUUGUUGAAGGGCAGUCUGCGUAUCACACUCCUCGUGGGUUUCCAGAACCAAGGAGGGGUAUUCCCUUCAAGCUGUCAGAUGCCAGUAGCAGUGUGGAACACGAGGGGCAGAGAGAUUGCAUUGAAGAACUUCAGGAAACUUCAGAGUUUGGAUGCGUACCUUUGCCAAGUACCUUGAAGUGCAACGGUGACAGUUCCAACUCCAGUGUUGAAUCCAAGCUGAGGGCGAAGGUUCCAUAUGUGCGGUUAGAACGCUUGCAGAUUGAUCUGUCCACUGACACAGAGCUUCCAACCUUCAAAUUGCUACCUGGCAGUGGCCAGGAUGAAUUCAGCCUGAUCAUCAUCGAAGGAGAUGGUUUGCCUUUGAAUCCAUCCUUCAGGACACCAACUCUGGAGAGCACACUGACCCCACCGAACUCAGCCUCUCCUGCAUCAGAAACAGACAUUGAAUUUGUGUUCAGCGAGAGGACAGAGGUAGGAACCAAGCGCUCCCACCAGCACCACCCCCUCAGCCCCACGCCUUCCCCCAGUGAGAAGUCACCCGGGAGCAUUCCAGACCUCAAGGCAUCCCCGCUGUGCAGCGUCAGUGAGAAGGGUGAAGAGUCUGAUGAGGUCGUCUGUGUCGUUUGUGGGAAAGGAGGCGAGCUACCAUGUUGUCGUCGCUGUCUGAAGGUGUUUCACAUUGAUUGCCAUGUUCCUGCUUUGUCCAGUGUGCCAAGUGUUGAAUGGACAUGUUCGUUGUGUGUAGAUUUGGCAGCAUCUGAAAUCCAGAAUGAAAGUUCAGCCGCCGCAUUGGAAGCUGAAAGUGAUUCUGCAUCAGGGUGUCUUGGUGCUCUCGAUCAGAGGAAAUGUGAACAUUUGCUGUUGUUGCUUCUCUCUCAUAAGAGGAGUCAUGCUGUCCAGAAUCCUACUGGUCUCUUGCAAUUGAAGAAUCAGCAAGUAAAUCUGUCUUCCAUUAGAGGAAAACUUGAGAAGAUGAGCUCACCCCAUUACUCCAGACCUGAAGAAUUUGUGAUGGAGGUUCGAUUAAUGUUUAAGACAUACAGCAAACUGGUUCAGGACAAGGAAGUGGCAGAGUCUGUGAAGACGCUGCAUUCUUUCUUUGAGGAGAGAUUGGCGGAUGUCUUCAGCGGCAAAACUUUCACCCAGUCCCCUGUGGAUGAGCAAGAGGUGGAACUGGGCAUCAAACACUGUGACCAAACUGACACAAGGGAGCCGGCUUGUUCUGCUGAUGGUCUCGACAGCAGCCCACUGCAAGCUAAAAGGCGGCGGCUGGAUGAAGACUAGCGGCUUUGGGUGGGGAAGGAACCGGUAACUGGGUGAAUGGUUGACAAGAGGAUUUGCAAGCUGGUUGCUUGUGCCGAUCUUGUUCAAGUGAUUUUCGUUUUACAAGACUAAAUACACAGGACAGCCCCAGCUAUCUUCAAUGACUGUGAUGUGCUGGGGUGCCCCAAGCUGGAAAUUUCAAUCUGGGCCCCGGGCAAUAACUGUCAUCGGAAGAUUAGAUCUUCAGAAGUGCCCAGUGUUGGGUUCAAGUCCAACCAGUGCAAAGAUUAUUUGUUUUCUUGGUUUCUGGUCUACUGAGACUUUUACAAGCAGAGGUCAGAGCCAGAGUUGUGUUUUUCUAUAUGUAAACUGUAUGUAUUAAAAGAAUCGAUAAUGUGUAAUAUACAUUGUCUGUAUUUCAUGUUGAAAUUCAUACUGGAUCAUAGUAAAACAGAAAAGGAAAUAAACUCAUUUCUCUGAGGGGAAAUACUAUGUCACUCAGUAAUAAAAAUGAAAAGAAAAUCCA